UCUGCCGACGGCCCUGGUCGUCUUCUUCUUCUACCUGCCACCGCCCGCUCCCACUGCAAUCACACCAGACUACACCCCUACACCUACUUCCACCACCACCACCGCCCACCGCACACUAAUCUAAUCAAUCACGCCGCCCGCCUCUGCUUCUCGCCUACCCACUGUCCCGAAUUUUUCGCCCACCAUGCCUGGCCACCUCCGCACCCGCUUAAAGCGCGUCCUCACGGCCGGCUCCAACAAGCUGGCCAAACCCGAGGAGCCAGAGUCGGACUUUUACAAGCCUGGAGAAAAGAUGCCCCCGCUCAAGUACCGUCGCGCCGUCGACCCCGAACACAAGAAGAAACUCGAGGCCUUUAGCUUUGCGACUGCCUGGCGCCGCCACAGCAACGCCUCGCUGUACUCGCCCAUGGGCAGCCGGCUGCCCAGCCGCCGCAGCAGCUUCAGGAGACGCAGCCGCAGCCGCAGCAUGCACCGCAGCCGGAGAGGCAGCUGCUCGUCAGAGUACGACCCCGAGUCCGAGUGGGUCGACAGCGGCAUCGGCGCCAGCAUUGCCGGCGACGACCGCCCGGCCAACAUCAAAGAGGCGUCCGACGACGAAGGCGAUGUGCUCAAUGUCGGCCUCUCUCGUAAUCCUACCGAAGAUCCUCGCGACGCCCGCCGCAAGCAGUCACAAGGCCCCGGCCGUACUAGUGAUGCUAGACAACCCUCAAGACCAGCGACUGCAUCAGACCGCACCCGCCAAGCCUCGCAGCCCUUCUCCGCGGAAGAGCUGGAAAUGGCGCUGCAGAAAUCCCACCUGGCAGCCACGAGGGAAGAAUCAGACCGGAGCGCAGGCGAGAGCCCGUUUGAAGACUUUGACGACCCGAGCCCGUUCCUGCGACCGCGUGGAGGAUCCAUCUACGUGCCCUACAACGGCCAGGGCACGCCGCCCAAACUGCCCUUCUGGGGCACCGCCUACCCCUCGUGCGACGACACCCUCUCGGCCGGCCACUUUUCCAGGCGCGCAUCCGUCUUUCUGUCGCCCGACGAGUCGUGCACACCACAGUACGAGGGCGGCGAAUCCUACUUCUCGCACGCAGACGCGCCCGGCCUGUCGCAGGCGCGCCGCGCCUCCGUCUUUGUGGCUGCCGACGACAACGUGUGCGCAUGUCCGACGCCGCCUCGUGAGGAGCCGAAGCGCAAAGUCCACCCCUGCGCCCCCUGCGAUGCCGUAGCAGCCAUUCUCGCGCGUCCUGAUUAA